CAUCUGCUUUGUAUACGGAAACACAAGGCAGCAACACGAAUUAGUGCUGUAAUUAAAAUGACUCCGCUUUAUUUCGGGUGUUAAAGCAGAAAUACUGCAAGUAACCUAACUCGACUUUUUACAGAAUUGAAGGAAGACAUACUCACGUUCUGUAGUGAACACAUGUUUUUGUUUUUUCUCUUUUCAUUUUGCCUGAUAAAUUCCGGUGAUGCGGGCUGAAGGACUGACAGUUGUCUUCUGGACUGCUGAAUAACAACUGAGCGACAUGGAUGAAAAGUACAGUAGUAAUGUAAUUUCCAGUGGGAAGCUGGGGCCAGUCGAGGUACCAAAUGCCAGACUAACAAGAUACAUAGUAUUGCUGUGCAUCACCAAACUGUUAAAAGCUCUGGGAGUUUUUGAAUCCUACGAUAUUCUUAAAGUCGUCCACAUUGUGCAGUUCAUCUUCAUCCUUAAACUGGGGUGUGCGGUUUCCUUGCUUUUCUUCCAAAAGCCAUUUUCCUCUGGAAAGGUUAUUUCCAAACGCCAGUGGAUUAAAAUCCUAAAGCAUGCUGUCAUCAGCUGUAUAAUUUCACUGCUGAGCUUCUUUGGCCUAACACUAUGUGGACCUCUAAGGACCAUGCUGCUGUUCGAGCACAGCGACAUCGUUGUCGUCUCCCUCCUCAGUGUCCUCUUCACCAGCUCUGGUGGGGGACCCUCUAAGACCAGGGGAGCGGCCUUCUUCAUCAUAGCUGUGAUCUGCCUGCUGCUUUUUGAUAAUGACGACCUCAUGGCCAAGAUGGCGGAGCACCCGGAGGGACACCAUGACAGUGCACUCACACAUGCUCUCUACACUGCCAUUGCCUUCCUUGGUGUGGCUGAUCAUAAGGGUGGUGUGGUUUUGCUGGUGGCGGCCCUUUGCUUGAAGGUGGCCUUCCACACAGCCUCCAGGAAGCUCUCUGUUGAGAUGGGCGGGGCCAAACGGCUCUACGCACUCUCCAGCUUGGUCUCCGCUGCUGCGCUGUUGCCCUGGGUCCUCGUCCUCUCUGCCACCACCGAGAGUAAGGUGGAAUCUUGGUCGACGCUUAUCCUGCCGCUGGGAAUGGUCGUCUUCGCGGUGAUGAUCCUUGACUUUUACGUGGAGUCCAUGUGCGUUGCCAAGAUGGAGGCCCCCCGUUGCGCCCGUUACGGCUCCAUCUUCCUCUUCGUCGGCGGCCUGCUGCUGGCCAAUUUCUGGGCGCACCCGCUGACGGGGCAGCUGCGGGCCAAGACGCGGCAGGACGACACGGAGCACGUGCUCUCGGGGGGUGUCCUCGUCAGCGCCGUCUUCUUCAUCCUCGGUGACAAUAUUUUGUCUUCGCCGUCCAAGAAGGGCCAGAAGGGGACGCUGGUGGGUUAUUCCCCUGAAGGGACGCCUCUGUACAACUUCAUGGGGGACGCCUUUCAGCAGACAUCGCAAUCACUGCCUCGCUUCAUCAAGGACUGUCUCAAGCAGAUCCUGGAGGAGUACGACUCUCGGCAGAUCUUUUACUUCCUCUGCCUCAACCUGGCUUUCACCUUCGUUGAGCUCUUCUACGGUGUGUGGACCAACAGCCUGGGCCUGAUAUCGGACGGCUUCCACAUGCUCUUCGACUGCUCCGCCCUGGUGCUGGGGCUGCUGGCUGCCCUAAUGACCAGGUGGAAGGCAACACGCAUCUACUCCUUUGGGUAUGGUCGGGUUGAAAUCCUCUCCGGAUUCAUCAAUGGACUCUUCCUCAUGGUUAUAGCUUUCUUUGUCUUCAUGGAAUCCAUUACAAGAUUGAUAAACCCUCCCAAUAUCAACACAGACAUGUUAACUCCCGUCUCGAUUGGAGGCCUCAUUGUGAACCUGGUGGGCAUCUGUGCCUUCAGUCACGCACACUCACACCACACGUCUAAAGGGGGCUGCUCAGCACACGACCAUGGUCACUCCCACCACGGACACGCUGAGCACGCCCACGGGGGGCAUGGCCACGCCCACACUCACAGCCACGGUCAUGGCCACAGCCACGGUGCGGGAGGAGGCAGGAUGAAUGCCAAUAUGAGAGGGGUCUUCCUGCACAUCCUGGCUGAUACUCUGGGCAGCGUUGGGGUGAUCAUUUCUACCAUCCUCAUCCGGCAGUUCGGGUGGCUGAUUGCGGAUCCCAUCUGCUCGCUCUUCAUCGCCGUGCUCAUCUUCCUCAGUGUUGUGCCUCUGCUGAAAGACGCGUGCGAGGUUCUCCUCCUCAGAAUCCCUCCCGAACACGAGAAGGACCUUAAUCACGCGCUCGAGAAGAUCCAAAAAAUCGAGGGCGUCCUGUCGUACCGCGACCCCCAUUUCUGGAGACAUUCAGCAGGGGUUGUAGCUGGAACCAUCCACUUACAGCUCAUGUCAGAUAUGGUAGAGCAGAGAAUCAUUCAGCAGGUGACGGCCGUCCUCAAAGACGCAGGGGUGAACAACCUCUCCAUCCAGGUGGAGAAGGAGGCCUAUUUCCAGCACAUGUCUGGCCUAAGCACAGGCUUCCAUGAGGUCCUUGCAAUGACGCAGCAAAUGGAAGCCAUGAACUGCCUUAAAGAUGGCACCUGCAUCAUGUGAAGAUGUCACUGCGGCAACAAAUAAACCACGAUACUUACCAAAUUAUGAAACUUUAAUGUGGAUUUUUUUUCUUUUAUUAUUCUCGGUAUUUUGCACAUGUCUCUCUGUACAAUUUCUGUGUAUUAUGUAUGGACUUUCCAUUUUGUUUUACUGGUUUUGCAUUAAGCCGUAAUAGUAAUCCACUGUGAUGGGUUUUAAUCUGAAAUGUCAUUUGGCCUUCAAUUCAACAUGCGUUAAAUAUAUUUGUUUAAAAACUGUUGUGUGAAAUCCAGUUCUGACCUACACCUUUAUAGGAAUCCCUGUCACUCUUUCUGCUUCUUUAUAUAGUAAAAUAAAAGCAAAGUAUGAACAACAUUAAAAAUACUAAAGACCA